AUGAACCGCAGAAAAUUGCUGCUAUCCACGCUGAUUUUUCUCCUUUUAGAGUUUGCAGCAAGUUCCCAGCAGACAUGUCCUGAUGGAUUCGACCAAGUCAACGAAAAGUGUAUAACUGUGAGCAGCUCGUUAGAACAUUCAGGCGUAAAAACUAAAGUUCAGAUAACAUCCAAGCGGUUCACACAUCACAAGGCUGAGCUGUCAUGCACGGAACUCAAUGCUCACUUAGUUUUUCUACAGACUGCAAUAGUAAGCAUCAUUUCCAAAACCUUAAUCCCCGUUUUCAAUAUUUUAAGGACAAUACGGCUCUUCUUAACUACUCUACCAAUAUCACCUCGCCCAUGUGGAUUGGAGUGACUUGCAAAGUGAACAAGGAACCUAAAGAGUGUCUUUGGGAUAAUGGCUCAGCUGUGGAGUACAGUAACUUUUUACCCGGUUCUUGUGUACUUAUGCUUCAAAAAAUAUUGAACGCUUUCCAGGAUAUCCUGUCACCAACAUCGGUACCUGCGUUUACAUAGACUCUGUAAAUCAGCCUUUGAAAGGACGUUGGAUCAGCGCCACAUGUGAUUUUGAUGAGUACCACGCAGUUUGUGAGGCAAACUAA